AUGGCAGUCUUUGGCUGUGGCGCCCACUUCCAUGCCGAAGAAGAUGCGCCCGGUGAGUUCGUCGAGCCGGCCGAAGUGGCGAAGUGGAUCGAUGAGGCCUCGUGCAUCGCAGUGGACGUUCGCGAAGACUUUGAGAUCCAGGAGCGCGGCCCACUUCCAGGCGCCUUCCAGCUGUCCUCGGGCUCCAUCAUGUUCGCGAAGCCCGACCUGGACAAGAAGCUGGACUCCCUCCGGCGAAACAGCAAGCCCCUUGUGUGCUACACGGACAAGGGCGUCGAAAAGAGCCGCUGUGGCGUGGUCUGCCAGUGGUUGGUGGACAAGGGCUUCCCGCCCGAGCGCCUUCGAAGGCUGAAGGGUGGACGUGAUGCCUGGCAAGCCGAAGGCUACCCUACAUGCGUGUAUGGUGACGAGAUGUGGCAGCUCGCUUCACAUGCGCAGCUGAGCGCCGCCCCCGUGGGCCCAGCCCUGAGGUGGCAUGUCAUCGGGGGAGCCGAGAAAGGAGGCAUCCUCGUCAGAGAAGGGGCUGCCUUGACGUCACCGGCUUGCGAUGCACGGCUCACAACGAGCUCGGUCCUGGAGCAAGUGCAGCUGAAGGGCGAUCGACUCUGCUACAAGCUUCUGGAAGGCGACGGCCCAAAGACCGGCUGGGUGAGCAUCCGCUUGUCUGACAAGGAGCUUUGCGUGCUGCAUGAACAGUGCCCCACACAGCGCCUGCUGGGCAGCGUGGUGAAAAUCCGGGGUCUUCAAACUGAUGCCGGAAAGGCGCUGAACGGACAAGAAGGGCUUGUGCAGUCCUUCGACGAAUCGAAGCAGCGGCUUGUCGUGACAGUCUAUGCCACCGGCAAGGAGCAGGCAGUCAAGGUCACGAAUCUGAUUCCGAAGCCCUAG